CAGUACUUACUUGCAUAGUUAUCAAAAACAAACACAAUUACUUCUGCAAUAAAAUUGUACGCAUUAUUUAAGUUUAAUUUUUUUUAAAGCUUUCAAUUUUACCUCAAAAUGGAUGGACCCAUUAUAUCAAUAUAUGAUAUGCUCAGGAAGCGCUAUCGCCAGCAAAAAAAAGAAGAGCAACUGCAGCAAGAGAUCUUUCCUAUCGAUGGGCGACGUCCAACGUAUCCAACUCGAAAAACUGAGGCCAAGAAACUCAAAAUGAAGUCAAGUCGCAGCAAAAUGGUUUCCACACCCAAAGAAAAAUCUACCAAGAUAACGAGCAAUGUAGUGACAGCGACGCAUUUGACCAAGAAACGUUCCCGCAUGCUGAUCCCUGCUUUGGCUAAGAAGGAAGUGCUCAACGAUCUGAUCGAACGCAUGACAAAGCCAGCGAAAAAGUCCGAGGAGAAGCUGAUCAACGAAUCAUCGGGCUCCACAGAGUCAACACUGAACACAGUUGUAACUGUUCUGAAGAAGACGAAACCCGCAGUGCCAGCAAAACCAAAUGUUGUAAAAAUGUUACCAGGCAGCGCUUCGACUGCAGCGCGACGUCGCCUGGCUUUAUCACCACGUAAUAUGAACACUUUGGCCACUCCAAAACUAAAGCGAGAGAAGCAGUUGAAGCCCAAAGCAAUGCGCAAAAAUGAUGCAAAUAAUCCCACAGAUGCUUUGCGUCCAAAGCGACGUCUGCAAACUAACAAAUCGAUGAGCUUGAUGCAGGUCAAAUCGGAGCUAAAGCCAGAUUCCAAUGCAGAAGAUAAUGCUAUGCGUUAUCGUCUUUGAAUUUCUUAGUUUUACCUUUUGAGUUCCGAUUGGAAUGCUUAAAUUUAAAGUUAAAUCACUUAAAAUGUAAUACAGCAAAAAAAUACUUAAGAUAUUU